CCGAAUUAUGAGGACUCAUUGAGGCGCAGGAAUUGGCAAAGAGCAACGAGUCCAGCAUUGGUCGUUACAGUCGUUACAACUCCCCCUGAAACAGGAGGAACAGCAGCCAGCCACCUGUGUUUGAAGACAGAAGCCGCUAUGUCUUCAGCGGUGGAUUUCAAGACUAAAGAGGAGAAGGAUGCCGAGUUGGACAGACGGAUCGAAGCCCUGAGGAAGAAGAAUGAAGCUCUGGUCAAGAGGUAUCAGGAAAUUGAAGAAGACAAGAAGAAAGCAGAGCAGGAGGGCAUCGCCGUGACAACCCAGCGUAAACCCCGCCAACACGAGCCGGAGGCGGACAGGAGGAAGACGGACAAAGAGAACUUCACCGUCACAGUCGACCUCUCUAAGCAGACAGGGGACAAGAGAGUCGUAAACGAUUGGAAACCUGUAACUCCUCGAGCUCGGAAGACCUCAGAGGAGAGCCAGCGGGGGCCAAACAGCGAGCACAGCCCCCAGAGGAAGACGGGGUCAGGACGAAUGAGUCGGGGAGGUCAGAGAGGGGGGCGCCAGGAGAGGAGAGAAUGGGAGCCCAGGACACCCAGAGAGGGAGAACCUGGGGAGACGGGAGGACCGGGACGCAGAGGAGGGAGGAGAGGAAGAGGAGGAGGAGGAGAAGGAAGGGGGAGGGGGGGAGGAGAAAGAGGAGGAAGAGGAGCAGACAGGAAAUCCAAGGAGUGGGAGGAGAAGAGGAGACAGAACAUUGAGAAGAUGAACGAAGAAAUGGAGAAAAUAGCAGAAUAUGAGAGAGGACAGCGGGCAGAUGGAGACAAGCCGAUCCGUAACUUCCUGGAUGACCCGAGACGUUCAGGCCCAGUGCCAGACAUAGACCGCAAGGAUGGCAGCCGGAGACAUGUGCGGAACUGGGGGGGGCUGGACUUUGAUAACGUCAAGACAGGAGGCGAGAUGGAGAAAGAGUGGACUAGUCGGAGGCCCGGUCCCAAAGACUCUACGGACAUGACCGUGUCUAUGACCGGCCGGGAGAGAGCCGAGUACGUCCGCUGGAAGAAGGAGCGCGAGGAGAUUGACGAAGAGAGACUCGCACGGCAUCGUAACGCCACAGGCCAGUGGAAACGGGAGUGGGACGCACAGAAGACAGAGAACAUGUUUAAGGAAGAACCAUAUGCAACCUCAGAGGGCAGCACAACCGAGCAGGGCAGCAGGAGAGACGACAGUAAGCGGCCUCCUCAAACUCCAACGUUUGGUGACUUCAUGUCUCAGGGCCGGACCCCGGGGCCACGGGGGGACCGCGGCAGAGGGAAGGGCCGAGGACAGAGGGCCAGCUACAGCAUGCAUGACAACCGCUGGGAGGGAGACAAAGAAGAAGAGGAGGAGAAAGAGAAGGAAGACAAGACGAAGAGAGAGCAGAGGGCUAAAAAGAACGAGAAGGAGGCAGAAAAAUCCAAAUCUCCUCCAACACAGAAGGUGGAGGUGAAGGACGGAGACGGAGAAGACGACGAUGAAGAGUGGGAGGAUGCCAGUGGUGGAGAAGACGACGAAGUCAGCGACUCAGAACAGGACUCCAGAGGCGAUGAGAAGAAAGACGUCGGGAGAGAGAAACAAACCAAGAGCAAAGACAACUCCCCCACACCUCGCUCACGACCAACAUCAGCAGGAAGCCCCAAAGAGCAGCGCCCCCCCAGGCCGAAGGUCCACAUCCCCCCACCAACAGUUCAGGAGUCCCCGGAGGGAGGAAAGCCCCUCAGCCCCUUCCUCCCUCUGGAGAGCCACCAGCCUGUUUCAGACUGGGGGGAGGAGAUGGAGAUGCUGUCGCCCCGGAGCAGCAUGGGAGGCGAGAGUCCCCUGAAACCCCCCAGCGUGGAGGCCAGCCCACCCCAGAAGAAGGAGCAGGAGCUGGAGAAGGAGCAGGAGAAGGAGUUGGAGGAGGAGCAGGAGGGACAGACUGAACGUGCUGAGCCACAGCAGGAGGAGAACACAGCCCUAGAUGUCUCCUCUCCUUCAGAAAAGUCUGUCAUAGUGUCAGAACCAGACUCCGACCCCACAGAAUCCCCCGCUGCACUGCCAUCUGACCCCGCCCCCUCUCAGGUCCAUGAGGUUGCAGAGACGGUGGACGAGGAAACCCCUGCUGCUGUAACAAAAGCUGAGAAACUGGACUCCCCUCCAGCCGCCCUGCAGGCUGAGCAGAGCUCCUCUGAAUCUGCUGGAGAGAAAGAUGAGGACACGACGCCCGCUGAGACGGAAGACGCUCCUGCAGCAGAGACAGAGGAGUCCUCCCAGCAGACGCCCUCAGGCUGAGGCUGCUGGGAACAAUGAGACUCACUAAUGAGGAAGAAGAUGGACGAAGAGCAUCCCACUACCCAUCACCAGAGUGACCGCCACACAUCUAAAUAGAACAACAAUAACGAGGAGGAGGGACUGUCUCUCUCUCAGCUUUUCCAUUUGGAUCAGUGGGUCUGAUAUUUCUGGUGUCUCUCAGUUAAGUAAAUGAAGAUUUAUAAUAUCCUGUCAGUCGCUGGUUGAGAUCUCACAGGGGGGUCUUGAGGAUUUCUGCGCUAGUAAAAUGAACUGCAUCCAAUUGUGUUUUAUUAUUUAUAUUUUGACAGAAGAUCAUUAAGACAAAUGACUGUUGAGCCCUCAGCAGUCAGAAACAUUUAAAGAUUUUAAAUUUUUUAAAGUGUUUUAGUUGUUUUUGGUAGGGCCCUAGCUGACCUGACAUCAGUUUCUAAAGGGCUUUCAGCUGACCAGUUCUGAGGUCAACAUCUUUUUUUAAACAUACUGAUUGCCUGGCUCAGGAACAGAACCAACAUGUGGCUGGUUUCUGUGUUGGUUUUGGCUGGAGAAUGAUCACUUCAUCAUUCACUGAUCAAAAUGAUUAUUUUGUAUCUCAAAUAGGCCAGCGUGUUAGCUAAUUAACCUUAGCAUGUGACGUCCUUCUGCCUGGUUGUAAACACAUGUGACGUGGCUAACAUUUACCAGAAGAAUGGGUUCAACUCUGUUAAUACAGUGCUCCCCCAAAGUACUGUUGCACUUCAAUAACAUUUGUGUUUUUCAAAUAGCAUCAGAAUGAAUGCAGCAGAACCAGAGAUGCGUCUUUAUGAGUUCCUUGCAUCCUGUGUCAAAACAUGGUGCCUACAAAACCCACAAUGCAAUUGACCGCAGACUCGAGUGAGGUAAUAAGAUGUUGUGCUGCUCCCCCUGAAGCCACAAAAGGCUUUAUGCCGUUUUUUAAACGUUUGUUUGAUUAUCAAUUGCUUUACAGGAUUUGCCUCUUGGCUAAUUUACAAUGUCCAGUGUUGUUAUUCAGACUGAGAGUUUGAGCUCAGGCCUUUUUAAUUUACACACACUAAAUAAAUAUAUUAUUGUAAUAUGAAUUGAUCCGUUUUUAUGUAACAUUUGUGCACAUUGAGCUCUGGGUGCAGUUGCUCUUUCUGUUGCAACUUUCUAAAGCUUCUGUUGUCGGUGUGGUGGCCAUCAUUGAUUGUUACAUCUCAGUGAUUUCCAUUAGUGUUCAGAAAGUAGAGAUUAGACUCCAGCCUCCCUCCUCUUUGGUUUUAUUUUGUGGCUUUUAAUGACUUCGAUAUGGAAUAAUGAUUUCCUGCUGACAGGAAAUGGAAAUAUUUUUAUUUUUAUUAUCAGACCCACUGAAUCUAUUUUAUUUUUUCUUUGAAAGACAUCCUGACAUGUUGUUCAAAUAUAAGAAUCAUGAGCUUCACUGCAGGUAGAUAAUGAUGUUUUAAGUGUAUUUAUCUGAUGUUUUAAUGUAGGGUAACGGUGAUCAGAUUACCAUCAAGGAUCAGCUGUGUGGCUUAGGGCACUUUGACAGGACUCCUCCUCCUCAUCUCAAUAUCUAUCCAAAUACCAACUCUGUUCUUCAAGGCGGCACUCGCUUUCCUUCAAAAUCACAAUGCAAUUUUGUUUUCACUGACACUGCUGUCAUUUUAUGAAUCAUCAGUUAUACACAGAAAUCUGUUUAUCUCUCUUUAAUUGUUUUCAAAUCAAUGAAUUGUGAAUAAAUAGUUGUCUCUAAUUUGGAAAGACAAACCUGCAUUAAAUGGAAGUGCUGUAACAUAUAUUUCUAGCGUAAUGAAGUUUGUUUUGGGAUGAAAGCCUUCACUCGUACCUCAGCAGACCAAAGGCUUUGAGUUUGUGUUUUAUUUUCUGCAAGUCUUUGAAUCAUACCUGUGGACACUGGGAUAAAGGAGUUGCUUUCAUGUUUGAGUUUUCUGUAUAGGAUGAACAAAGCUGAUGCAUUUUGAUUCAUAUGAACUGCAAUAUGUACAGUUUUUAAAUGGAAAUGAACAUUCCACAAUUGGGUGUUUUGUGCAAAAUGUAGCCUGUGAGCUAUGAAAAAUGAUUCUGUGUUUUGCAUAUGGAUGUUUGUUCUUCUGAGCUUUGAUGACUGAUUGUAAUUUAAGCAGGAGAUAUUUCUACAACCAUUUCUACAAUGUCUUCCUGCUUGAUACAUGAACUCACUGAGAACCUGUGCAGCUGUUUUCAUAAAGAUUAUCAGGACUAGCAUGAAUCCAAAAUGGUAGCUUUUGAAUGUUCUCAAAGCCAUAGAUGGAUUAAAUGUCCCUCAUCAGCUCACACAUCCAAGGGAAAAUAAGCCCUAUGUUUGUAUUCACAUGAAAUGUAAAGCACAGUAUGGCUUUAUCAGUUUUUCUUUCUCUUAUUUAGCCAAUAAAUGUAUUUCUCCGA